GCUGAGGAUGUUGUGUUCUCAGCUCAAGGGAAGGACUGAAAGCACAAGUUGUUUUGUCUUUCCUGGUAGAUCAGUGCGUGCGUGCACACACACACACACACACACAUAAUCAUCAUAUUCUAACACACAUAUCUGAUAUCAAACUGUAACGGGGACUUACUUAUGAAGCACCUAUAACGCAGCACUGUCGUUUUACGAAGGAUCAAGUUGCUGUUACAGUAAUUGCACGGGAAGUGCGCACACGUGGAGGGCUGGCGCACAUUCCGUAGUUUUUCCCACGGACGCUGCCUUCCUUCGCUUCGCGUUUUAAGCUUAGGAUACCCGACACUUUUUUCCUCUUUUGCAUCUUUUUUUUUUUUUUUUUUUUUUUUUUGCGAAUUCCACAACAUACCACACACGGACGUAUACGCACAACUGGACGUCUUUUAACAUCUUUAAGGGCACCUUUUCUUUUUUUUCUUGCAAUCCAGCGCACCCGAGGCUGUGUUCGGCGAGCGCGGGCGGGGCGCCACUUGCGCUUCUCCUCCUCCUGGAUCUGAGCGCUGGGGGCUCCGGACUCCGCGGGAAGUGGCGCGGGGAGCGGAGAUGGGUUCGCGCGGCCGUGCGGGCUCUGCGUGGCGGGGCCGCCUGGCCGUGGUAGCGCUAAGACUGCUGUGUGUUCUGCCCGCAGGAGCGCCCGCGCGCAGCGCCGAGUCCUCCUUCCCCAAGCCCAUGGACAACGUGACCGUGCGCCAGGGCGACACCGCGCUCCUCAAAUGCAUCACGGACAAGAAGGUGUCCAGGGUAGCGUGGCUGAAUCGUACCAGCAUCCUGUUCGCCGGCCGGGAGAAGUGGUCCCUGGACCCGCGUGUGGUCCUUCUGAACGACACAGCCAUCACGGAGUACAGUAUUCAGAUCCGCAACGUGGAUGUGCACGAUGAAGGGCCCUACGUCUGCUCUGUCCUCACCAACAAGAAACCCAAGUCUUCAAAGGUACACCUCGUAGUACAAGUUCCUGCAAGGAUUGUAAACAUAUCCACUGACAUCACAGUGAAUGAAGGCAGCAAUGUCACCCUCACGUGUGUAGCAAUUGGCAGACCAGAGCCCAGCAUCACUUGGAGACACCUUUUAAAGAGGGGCAAUAAAUUCCUGAGCGAAGGUGAACACAUAGAGAUCAGUGCGAUCAGCAAGGAACAAUCUGGAGUGUACCAGUGCAGCUCCACCAACGACAUCUCGGCUCCUGACGUGCGGACGGUCCACAUCACUGUCAACUACCCGCCAUCCAUCCUGAGCGCCAAAGGCACUGGAGCCGCAGUGGGGCAGAAGGGCGUCCUGCAGUGUGAGGCCUCUGCUGUGCCGGGGCCAGAUUUCCACUGGUAUAGAGAAGACCGCAGGCUCAUCAAUGGGAUUAAUGGGAUAAAAAUAGAAAACAAAGGCAAACAAUCCAUGCUUGUGGUCUUCAAUGUUUCUGAAUCAGACUACGGGAAUUACACAUGCGUGGCCACGAACACGCUGGGAAACACAAAUGCAAGCAUGAUGCUCUAUGGACCAGGUGCCAUACAUGAUGUCAGCAGAGCCCAGCUUUCGCAGCACUUCUCCAUCUGCCUGCUCUGGACUGUGACUUUGCAAUACCUUGUCAAGCUUUGACGGCGCUCCAGCUUGUCUCCUGUUCUCCUCGGCAUAACAGCACAACAGACUUUUUGCUCCAUGCAACCGGAGGAAGCGAAGCAGAACACCGUGUUUUGUACAUAUUUCAGUUUUUCUUCCCCUUCUGCUUUUGCUUUGCUGGAAAAAUGGGGGAUUAAGAAAUUGAUUUAACAUUUUUGUGGUGAACACAGUAUGAAAUUUUUU